AUGGUCCUGGUUCCCGCAGCCAAGGACCAGAGCAAGGCAGCCAGGGGCAGAAGGGGCCUGGCACGGGCACCCACAGCCCCCCCUGGCCUGGCCUGGGCCCCGGAGGAGCCCUACAGCAGCAUGGCACAGUACCAGCACAGCAUCCAGGACAUGGUGCGCCAGCUGAGGAACGGCUCCGAGCCGGGGGACACCGAGUGCCAGGUGAACCUGAGGCUCUGGAGGUCCAACCGCAGGAGCCUGUCCCCCUGGGCCUACAGGAUAAACCACGAUGCCUCACGGAUCCCAGCCGACAUCCCCGAGGCGCGGUGCCUGUGCGGCGGCUGCAUUAACCCCUUCAGCCGGCAGGAGGACCGCAGCAUGGCCAGCGUCCCCAUCUUCAGCCGCCUGCCCGUGCGCCGCCUGCUCUGCCCGGCCCCGCCGGGGCACGGGGCAAGAAGUGCCACAAGAAGUACCAGAUGGUGA